UUGUGCAGAAGGUAAACAGGAACGGAGACAAGACAGUUCCCUGUGGUGCUCCAAUACUACACAACAUCACUUGUGAGAAGAUAAUGUGGUUUCAGUGACAUCGACUUAUUCAUUGGUGGCUGCACCGUUAUAGUAAAUUUAAACGUACUGCUCAUCUUGAUUUUGUUAACAGCUGUAUAUUUGUGUCUGGCGUGAAGACCUCUCGCUAUUACAAUGUAACCGUAAAUGGCUAACCUCUUCUAAUGCAUUUCUCUGCUCACUUAUAACCGGGUGUUGCUCCUCGCGUGGCAGAGAUGAAAAGCCACUGUUUCAUCCAACUGUCAAUGAAAGCAUGCCACGUUAAAGGGUCUUACCGUAAAUAAAUCCUAAAAGCGAAAGCGAAACUAUUACAGCGUACGCGACACCCCAUCUGAAAACCUUUCGCUUUUGCACUCUUUGACUGAGCCUGCUUAAGAAUAGUACCGAAUGCGGCGGCGUCCCUCUCGCUAUACGAGUGUUUGUGUGGCCGCCGUCUCUGCGUAGCCAUGAGGUACGGCACAGUGCUACUCACGCUGCUCCUUUCUCUCAACCCAGCUUGGACUGACAAUACCUGUAAACAACCUGCUAGUCUAGAUAACACAAAGGAACCAGAAAAACGGAGUUUUAGUGCUGGAGAAAAGUUUCGUUACAGCUGCAGUACUGGUCAUGUACGAAAAGCUGGCACAUCUAAUCUCAUCAAAUGUGGGAAAAAUGGAUCUUGGACACAAUCCAACUUAAUAUGUAUUGUCGACAUAAGACUGCAGACAGCGACCAGCACACCUCCUACUACCAGGGCUGAAAAAGGGUCUGUGGCUAACACAACAUCAAAGGCGAAAGAAAGAGAAACAAGCACUGAAAUAACUGUGUUCACUGAACAUAGUAUGUGGAGGGCAAGUACCUUCCCUACUACACCAUCAUUGGAGGCAACUAAGCACAAAACACCUAAUCCUACUAUUGACACAGUUACAACAACAGAUUGGACAAAGAAUGAAAGGACAGCAACAGCAAAUACUCCCAAACUUACUUCACCUAUGGAGCCACAGGCUGAAACACCAUUGAAUAAGGAGUACUCACAAACAUUUAGAGCUACGGUAACAGAUCCUGUCCAAGAAGCAACCACAUUUGACGCUUCAACAGCAGAAGCUAUAACUGAGGAGAAAGAAAAGUCAAAUUCAACUCAAGCUCACAUCGAGACAUCAACUUUCAGAAAUACAGAUCAGUCCAUAACAGAGAAAGAAACACACUUAUCAAAAAUUACAUCUUCCUAUAUGUCAUCAUCAGAAUCAACAAAUACAAGUCAAGAUACAAGUUCAGGCAUUCGUAACAGAGAAGUAAACAUAGCAGUUGGAAUCAUUUUCUUCACAACUAUCCUAGCUGUUGUAGUCUUCUGUUAUUUCUGGAGAAGACGGAAAAAUCGGCGCAAUCCUGUCAGCUAUCCAAAUGAACUAGAAGUUCUGAAUAAGGACGAAUGCCCACCUACUGCACCUUUAUCAUUUAUUGAAGCAAAUGAGGGUAACUGAUGAGCCGAACAGAAAAAAAACAGUUGCUGAUUUCCAAAAUCUGUGUAAACCCAAUAACAAUCAUGAAAUUACAGCCAAAUGAAUAAGAAAGCUUGAAGGUGGGACAAAUGGAAGGGAUCUUCAAAAUUAUCCACUGAGGCAGAAGUUUAAUGUGUGUUACUUAAUGUACACCAAUGUAUUUUAGUGCACAGUCUAGUUGGGAAAAUUUUUUUUACCCGGACUGAAUUUCAUGUUAUUUACUGCCAUUUUUGGGAUAAACUUAUGUCACACAAUCUAAAUAUUCUCUGUAUUAGAAUAGUAUUGGGUGACACGGUGAUGCAGUGCUUGGCAGUUCUGCCUCACGUAUUCAGUGGCUUGAAUCCUUUGCCCAAUCCCUUUCUAUGUUAGGUUUGCAUGUUCUGCCUGUAUUCAAGUAGGUUUUUCCUUCUACUUCCCAACAAUGUCUGAUUAGCUCCUUCCUUGCAUCUAGUGCUACUGAGAAAGACUUUGACACCCACAACCUUGAGUGGUAUAAGUGGGUUUGAGAAUCGUAAUGCAAGGUUACUUUAUUAUUUUGUUAUGUUUAAGCUAUUGUUAGUAGCUUAAAUAAACUGAAGAAUGAAACUAUACAAAAAUAGUGUUUAAAUACAUAGAUAUGUAUAUACUGUAUGUAAAGUAUACUUGUGUUUGUAUAUUGAUCAUUGGCUUCUGCCACACCAAGAGCCUCUAUGCCAUAUGACAGUUACUUUGGAGACACCACAUUAAUGACAGGUUGGACUGCUCGUGUAACACAGAGGAGACUGUGUUCCUUUAAUGUGGGAAAUGACAUCCUUCACAUCUUCUGUCACUCUGUGAUGGUGAGCUCAGUUUUCUACACUAUGGUGUGCUGGGCUAGUAAUAUCACUUCAAUAGAGGCCCACCAAAUUAACAAGCUAAUUAAAAUGGCAGGCUCUAUUACAGGAUGCACUCUGGACCCCCUGGAGGUAGUAGCAAAGGAGAGAAUGAAAACAAAACUGAGUGUCAUUAUGAACAAUGUUGCAUAUCCUCUCUCUGACACUCUAACACUGAGGACUUUCAGCCAACGAAUCAUUCGUCAGAAAUGUGUCAAGAAACACUACUGGAGCUCCUUUAUACCAACAGCAAUACGUCUGCAUAAUGUCUCACUGGGACUGCUCUCUUAUCAUUAGCCAAGUCAGAGUUUUUUUCUGCUUUUUUUGUAAUUUUUGUGUGUGUUUGAGGGCGUAUGUUGCUGUUUGUUACAAUAUUUAUUUUAUUUAUUGAACUUUUGUAAAAAGCUAAUUUUGCCCCUUAUGACAAAAUAAAGUACUAAUUAUCUAA